AUGGCUCCUGCAAAGAGGGGUGGCAAGAAGAAAAAGGGCCAUUCUGCCAUCAACGAGAUGGUGACCCGAGAAUACACCAUCAAUAUUCACAAGGAUAUCCAUGGAGUGGUUUUCAAGAAGCAUGCACCUCAGGCACUCAAAGAGAUCCGGAAAUAUGCCAUGAAGAAGAUGGGGACUCCAGAUGUGCGCAUUGAUACCAGGCUCAGCAAAGCUGUCUGGGCCAAAGGAAUAAGUAACGUCCCAUACCAUAUAUCCAUGUGCCGUUUGUUGUCCAGAAAACGUAAUGAGGAUGAAGAUUCACCAAACAAGCUCUAUACUUAG